UUAAGAAUAUUGAGGUGUUUGUGUUAAGGGGUGUGUUCUCACAUGACAUUUAAAACACAAAGCUUUUGUGUGUAUAUGUGUGUUAGUGGGAGUGUGUGUAAAUCAGGUAUGAGCACCUGUUUUCAGAAGUCCUGCCUCCUGACACCUCCCACUGUGGGACUCUCUGAGUCUCUUUUUAAAGCCUGGAAUCUCACCCUGUUUCUCAAGUCAUUCGUAUUUCUCUCCUGCUGUGAUUCUUCUUGCUAACCAGAAGAAAAUGCCUGCCAGCCUUUGUGGGACAUGGGAAAUUCUCAGCAACAUCAAUUUGGAGGGAUACAUGAUUGCUUUGGGAAUUGGCUUGUCCACUCGUAAGAUAGCUCUGAAGCUCAAACAGCGUAAGGUGAUCGAGCAGGUCCGCGACAAGUAUGUGAUCAAAACUCUCAGCACCUUCAGGAACUAUGUGUUCUCCUUCAGAAUGGAUGAAGAGUUUGAUGAGUUUACUAAAGGACUGGAUGAGAGGCACUGCAAGUCUGUGGUGACGUGGGAGGGAAACAGGAUGGUGUGCAUUCAGAAGGGUGAGAAGAAAAACAGAGGUUGGGCUCACUGGAUUGAAGAUGAUAAACUGCACCUGGAGCUUUACUGUGAGGGCCAAACCUGCAAGCAAGUUUUCAAAAGAGUGGCUUAAAGCAUAGCUUUGCAUCUUGAUAAGGAAGUGUAGGAGAGACUGGAUGGACCAAGAGCUUGCCCUCUCUGACAUGAUCUAUGUUCAUCAGGAGAGCUGGAACUCAGAGGAUCUGCAAGCCUGUGUGACUGAAGGCAAUCUUGUCAAGGCGCAAAACAAACCCCAGUCCUGGAGAACCACAUUGUUUACUGUUCUUUAGUACACCAGAUUCAACUCAUUAGCUAAAUAUCAAUUUUAAGUUGUAUCCAUUGUGCCAGAACAGAGAAACAAACAGCUGUAAAGUAGUAAAGUGAUUGCAAGUUUACAGUUCAACACACAUUUCUAUUCACUACGCCACCACUAGGAGGCGAUAUAACAUUUACAGUGAGUUCCUAAGAGUUUGCUUUACUGGUGCUGCAGUUUUCUCUUUCUCAUGUCUGCCAUUUGACUGGUCAUCCAUCCAUAUUUUUAUAUUUCUGUCAAUUGCCAAAAUUGCUCAUCUCAGAUAUUGGGACAUUUGCAGUUUUAUCUAUCUAUCUAUCUAAAUGUCACCUUCAUUUGUAAUUUUCCCUUUUAAAAAAGAUGCAUGUGUGUUAUUUGUGUAAAGAAAGCCACACAUUCUGAAGGAAUGAAAUGAUAAAAAUCUGCCAAUGUUACACUGGCUGGAUGUGAAUUUUUUUAAUUCAGUGAAUUUGACAAGAAUUUACAAUAAAACUUGCAACAA